GCGGCGCCUGCGCAUUCGCGCGCCCGGCCUGGGCCGCGGGCCCGGCGCGGGCGCCAUGAAGCUGCUGCGGCGCGCGUGGCGGCGGCGGGCGGCGCUGGGCCUCGGCGCGCUGGUGCUGUGCGGGGCGGCGCUGCUCUACCUGGCGCGCUGCGCGUCCGAGCCCGGGGGCCCCGGGGCGGCGCCGGGCCGCAGCCCCCAGCCCCCCGCGCCCGCGCACGCCGCCGCCUUCCUGGCGGUGCUGGUGGCCAGCGCGCCCCGCGCCGCCGAGCGCCGCAGCGUGGUCCGCAGCACGUGGCUGACGCGGCGCGGGGCCCCGGGCGACGUGUGGGCGCGCUUCGCCGUGGGCACCGCCGGCCUGGGCGCCGAGGAGCGGCGCGCCCUGGAGCGCGAGCAGGCGCGGCACGGGGACCUGCUGCUGCUGCCCGCGCUGCGCGACGCCUACGACAACCUCACGGCCAAGGUGCUGGCCAUGCUGGCCUGGCUGGACGAGCACGUGGCCUUCGAGUUCGUGCUCAAGGCGGACGACGACUCCUUCGCGCGGCUGGACGCGCUGCUGGCGGAGCUGCGGGCCCGCGACCCCGCGCGCCGCCGCCGCCUCUACUGGGGCUUCUUCUCGGGCCGCGGCCGCGUCAAGCCCGGGGGCCGCUGGCGCGAGGCCGCCUGGCAGCUCUGCGACUACUACCUGCCCUACGCGCUGGGCGGCGGCUACGUGCUCUCGGCCGACCUGGUGCGCUACCUGCGCCUGAGCCGCGACUACCUGCGCGCCUGGCACAGCGAGGACGUGUCUCUGGGCGCCUGGCUGGCGCCGGUGGACGUGCAGCGCGAGCACGACCCGCGCUUCGACACCGAGUACCGCUCCCGCGGCUGCAGCAACCAGUACCUGGUGACGCACAAGCAGAGCCUGGAGGACAUGCUGGAGAAGCACGCGACGCUGGCGCGCGAGGGCCGCCUGUGCAAGCGCGAGGUGCAGCUGCGCCUGUCCUACGUCUACGACUGGUCCGCGCCGCCCUCGCAGUGCUGCCAGAGGAGGGAGGGCAUCCCCUGAGCCGCCGCCGCCGCCCGGCCCUCGGGGCACCGGUUCACCCCGCCGCGCCUUGGGGCAGAUGCCGAGGGGGCCGCGCCUGUGGUCGCCGCGUGCGUCUCGGCCUGCGUUUCGGAGAACCCUUGGGGGUCGCCGGGGCAGCGCGCCGUGUCCAGGGGGAGGCGCCCCCCGUUCCUGGACCUCAGCGGGUCCGAGCCCGAGCCGGGUCACCGGCUGCACCGUGGCCCGCUGGCCCCGUGCGGUCCUGACCGGCGCGCGGCGCUGGACUCCGUUCUUACCAGUGGCGUUUCUCGUAUGCGUCUUAAGACAGAGAGUGGUUUCACAUCGGUUCGCUUUAAUGGUGUUUUGGUCUCUGUCUCUGUCCAGUGACUUCGUGGUAAAUAGAACUCGGUGUUGGCUUGUGACUUAUUUAUUGUAAGUUCGUGUCGAUGUAAGUUUAAGCUGGCAGUGUGCUGGUCUCGGUGUUUUUUACGUGAUUUAAGGAAAGACUUUGAUGUCAGAACUUGGCGUUGUGGGUAAUGCAUUUGUGCCGCUUGUUCUGUCAGCCCCGCGGGUGUUUAAACAAACGCAGGAGAACUUUAAAACUGGCCGUUUCUCUUUUCCGUUUACACGUCGGUCACAGCGUUGUCUCCUUUGAAGAGACUUUCCGUUUAAGGCUUCCCGUGGCCGCAGAGAGCUCGUGCUGCUUCGCCUCACACUCUGGCCCACGUCACAGGAGUCGAACCCGUGGGUGCUGACGAGGCUUCCCAAAUUCUGCCUCAAAAAAAAACAGGACCAGCCGGCCGGAACCCGGCCCACCUCUCGCUACCUUCGUGCGUCCUGGGAAGCCUCCUUGUUGACUGAGAAAACUGAACGCUGUAGUCCUUGCCAAAGUAAAAUAAAGUGGCCCCGGGACAAGGGGUGACCAUGAGCCCCGGAGUCCCACUGGGGUUUUGUGUCUGGAGAA